AUGGCUUCCCGACCAUCCAAAAAGCUUCACUACUCCAGCUCAUCGUCAACCUCGUCCGACUCUGAUGCAUCAUCAAGUUCAUUCUACCGUCACAGCAUGGAUUCCGUCACUAGGCCAGUUGCCUCAGUCGAGGUGCUACGCUGUCUCAGAUGUGCACGCUCAGUAGAGACGACCUCAACAGACGACCCAGCUACUCAAGGCAUGGUUCGCAUCGGGCACAACAUCUACUAUUGCACAAGGUGCGCGAAAAUGGUCGGCUACAAGUGA